CCCCUCUCCGAUACAUAGUAGUGUUUCAUAGUAGCUUAAUAGGCCGGCUAUAAUACGUGUUGCAACCUAACACCAUAAGACACACUGUUAAUACAACAUUUUAUUCGUCACUCAGCAUUAUCAUCUAAGAUGGAUUUCUCCAGGUUCAGCAAGAAUCUCUCAGAUUUCAGCGCGCAAAUAACUCCAUUUGCAUCGCGCACUUUCCAGUUUACCAAAGAACAACUGGGACAGGCUGAAGAUAGAACCCAGCUUCCUGCGGAUUAUAUCGACCUCGAGAAGAAAGUGGAUGCUCUGAAACAGGCACACCAGAGAAUGCUUGCAGUGACCUCUCAAUACACUACUGAAGCGUACGAUUAUCCUCCCAAUAUCAAAGAGACUUUCCAGGAUCUGGGUCGAACUGUGAGCGAGAAGGUUAGCCUCCUUUCUUCAGCUACAUCUACCGCGGAAGCACAGGCAGCUCUCGUGGCCCCGGCCUCUGCGAAGCCGCAGCCAAAAACCUUCAACCAUGCCAUCUCUCGUGCGAGUUUAUCCAGCAGCCAGCUUUUGCAUCAGCAUCAUACAGGUGCAGGGGAAGAUCCUCUAGCGACCGCUCUGGAGAAAUAUGCGCUUGCUAUGGAACGAGUGGGCGAUGCUCGCCUUGCUCAGGAUUCACAGAUUCAAAGUCGUUUCCUCGCCGGAUGGAACACGACCCUCAACACAAACCUUACAUUUGCAGCACGCGCCAGGAAAAAUGUGGAAAAUUCGAGAUUGACACUCGAUGCUGUCAAAGCUCGUGUAAAGGGAACAACCUUCAGGCUUGGUGGCCAAGCUCGGACUGACCAUCCGGACGAUGCUGAGUUGAGUUCCGAUGCUCAGGAGGAGAUUGAGAAAGCAGAAGACGAAUUUGUGACGCAGACGGAGGAGGCAGUUGGUGUUAUGAAGAAUGUUUUGGAUACGCCCGAGCCACUCCGCAAUCUUGCGGAACUAGUUGCAGCACAAAUGGAGUACCAUAAGAAGGCAUAUGAAGUUUUAAGCGAACUCGCGCCAGUUCUGGAGACUCUGCAGACGGAGCAAGAAGCCAGCUACCGAAGAAAUCGCGAUAUGGCUUGAAGAAUGUCUGACGCUUUUUUAGACUAUUGUGUGAUGGAAUAAGACCUUCAAUUUUGGCAGAAGACAGAUUAAUGUUGUUAAAAAAGAUAUCUUGAUACUGAAUGCGUUCAGAUUCUUUUUUUUUUUUUUUUUUUUUUUUUUGCUUUACCUAGGUGCGGUGGCUGUGAUGG